UGCCUUCCGCUCCUCACACAGAGCAGCUCCAAAAUUUCUGUGUGAUUCACGGAUUUCCAUUUUUCAAGGCUGUAUUUAUGUAACUUGACAAUAGGUGUAGAAGCUCAAGUCUUCAUUUUGUUAUUAGUUCCUGUUAUUCAUCUGAUUACUAGCUUUUGCAUCAAAGUCAAUUCUGAGUUUUAGAAUUCUUUACAAGACUGAUUUUUCUGUAGAAUUUAUUUAGUAUUUAAAAUUUCUUCUCAACGAGGUAUUAUCAACAUAAUGUCUACCUCCGAUUCUCUCUUUUUUGAUGCUGUUGAAGACAAUAAUAUAACUACUGUCAAAAAUAUGAUUCAGAACAAAAUGGUUGAUGUAAACAGUUUCGAUUCAUUCGGAAAAACUGCUUUACAUAUUUCAGUCGAAAAAGGAUUCGUAGAGUUAACAAAAGAACUUAUAGAUGCCACAUCUGACAUUAAUGCUCUAGCAUCAGAUGAAACGACCCCUUUUUCUAUAGCUGCUGAGAAUGGUAACAGCAUAUUGAUUGAACUACUGUUAGAACAAUCGAACCUAGAUGUAAGCAGGUCUUAUCAUGGGAAAACAACGUUACAUAUAGCAUCUGAAAAGGGUCACACUGAUGUUUUAAAGGCACUAUUAGCAGACCACCGCUGCACACAUUACGUCAACAUGAAAGACUCAUCUGGAAAAACUCCAGUACACAUUGCUGUUGAGUACGGUCGAACUAAUAUCUUAUCUAACUUACUGGAGAAAACUCACGAUGUUAAUGCUGUCGAUAAAAAUGGCUGCACACCUCUUUGGAUUGCAAUAGAAAAGAAUCAAGAGAAAUGUGCGCAAAUCUUGCUUGAAGAUGAGCGAGUCGAUGUUAAAACCCGCCAUUUUAGUCAAACACCUUUAGAGCGUGCUCUGAAGGAGAAGAAUACAAACAUAUCCAAGUUAAUCAUUGACAUAGUUGGUGAUAUUGAAAUUAGAGAUGAAGACGGAUUAAAUCCUUUACAUCGUGCUGUAGAUGAAGGAAUGCUAGAUGUCGUUGAUUACCUGAUUAAAAAAGGAGCAAAUAUCCAAAGUAAAACUAAGAAUGGUAACACGCCUUUGCAUGUCGCCGCUAGGAGAGGAAAUUUAGAAGUAGCUAAAUUUCUUGUUAAUAAUGGGGCUGACAUUCAUGCAAGGAGUGAAAAUUAUCACAAUUGCACACCACUUCAAUGCGCUGUAAUGUGCUCAAAACUGGAAGUUGCUAAAUUUCUAAUUUCUGUGGGCUCGGACAUAAAUGCUCAUUACCCUUGUGCUCAUUACUCAAUCGAUAGAGGAGGAACUCUAUUACAUUGGGCAUCACGGAAAAUGGAUGAAGAAGAAUUAAUCAGAUUUUUAGUAGAGAACGGAGCAGAUGUCAAUGCUACUGAGUACGGUGGAAGGACACCUCUAUGUUUACUUGUUAAGCACCGUGGUAGUUUUGCCGUGAUGAGAUACCUCAUAGAAAAGGGAGCCACUCUUAACAAUGAACGAGGUGGCACACCACUGUAUUGGGCUUUUUCUGUUGAUUAUUAUGGAGAUCCAAAGGCAGCCGAUUUUCUCAUAGAAAUGGGAACUGAUGUCAACAGCUGUAUUGACUACCAUGGAUAUGAGUGGGAUCAAAUGAGAAGUGCUUUACACUUGGCCAGACAUUUAUCUACUGUGAAUCUCCUCAUAGAUAAAGGCGCAAAUGUCAAUGCAAUGGACAAGUCGCUAAAUACACCUUUGCACUUAGCGCGAACUCCCUCCAUAGCAAAAUGUCUCCUAGAACACGGAGCAAAAGUCAAUGCUUCAAACAUAUUAGGGGAUACACCUUUGCAUUUUGUUCAGAAUUUCCACACAGCAAAAAUUCUCAUAGAAAAAGGUGGAAAUGUCAAUGCAUCUAAUAACGAGGGUUACACACCAUUACAUACUGCUCGGAACACAGCCAUCGCAAAACUGCUCUUAGACAAUGGCGCAGAACUGAAGGCGGUUACUAAAGAUGGCAAAACUGUUGUACACACAAGUGCUGAAGUUGAUGUAUUUUCACACUCACAAUAUUUAGAUGUGCCUGAGGUAGUAGAAUUUUUUUUGCAGAAGGGUAUAGAUGUUAAUGUUACUGACAACAGUGGUAAUACACCUUUGCACUGUUGCGGAACAUCUGACAACAUUCAAGUUGCUGCGGUACUUAUAGAGAAAGGAGCUAACACCAGAGCACUGAACAAAUCGAAUAAGACACCUGUAGAGUGUGCCCAAUUUUUUUACUCUGGCGGUGGUGCAUUUUGCAGAAUGCUUCAUACAAUCGAUAAAAUAUUUACUGCGAUCAUUGACAAUGAGGGCAUUAAGAGAAUAAGACGCUUGCUUCGAGAAGUGAAAACUAUCAACCUGACUCAAGAUGAUAGUAAACUCACUCCUUUACACUAUGCAGUAAAACAAAAUAAUAAAAAGAUGGUACAAUUUCUUCUACAAGAAAAAAUUACUCAAAAAAACACAAGUAGAACUUUCCUUGGGCGACCGUUUAAGGGUGAAGGAACUUCAAGGUCCUGUGAUCUUUACACCGCUAGUAUUUUGGAUAAAAUCAAUGUAAAUCCUCGCUGCAAGAAUAACUGGACACCUUUGCAUUAUGCUGCUAUAGGAGAUGACCCAGAGAGCGUAACACUACUCCUUCAAUGCGGGGCAGCAUAUGAAGCUAAGACAAACAAGGGUAAGAGACCCUUGGAUCUAACAGAGUGCAAUUCUAUCAAAGAAAUUUUGAUAAUGGUAGGCGAACUUUUUGAAGCUGUAAAAAAAGGAAAACAAGAACUCGUCAGUGAGCUUGUAAAAAAGAAUUAUGGUAUCGUAAAUGCUGUUGACAGUAAUGGUUACAGUCCUUUAUACUUUGCUGUAAGUAAUGCCUUCAAAGACAUAACUUCAUUGCUUUUAGAAAACGGUGCAAAUGUGGCUCAAGUAACCAAUUCAGGUAGCACACUACUUCAUAUAGCUGCUGCGAAGGGUGAUGCGGAAUUAACAGAUACUAUCUUCAAACACGCCAAGGAGAAUGGAAGGUUAAAUGUUUUUGUAAAUUCCGAAGAAGAAAAAGGGACUACUGCGCUUCAUAUAGCUGCGCAGAACAGUUCGGUGAAAAUUACGAAGGCUCUUCUAAAACACGGCGCAACUUAUAACGCCAGAAAUGAAGAAAAUAAGAGACCACUUGAUCUCUCCAGAAGUGAGGAUAUUACAAAUAUACUGGACUUAACAGAAGAGUUGUUUGUAGCUGCCGUAGAAAGUAGUGAGGAAGUCCUAAGUAGACUGGACACUCUGGAACUUGAUGAUUUUCUUGCAGUCACAAAUACCUGUGAUUAUUAUGGACAAACUCUUGUGAAUAUCAUUGAGAAUAAUGCGCAACCAUCGGUUACUCGUAAGUUAUCAGAAAUGAUGAAGUUGAAGGAAAGAGAACACUUGUUACGGACCAACCCAUGUCACUAUUCCCGGAACCCCUGUCACUCAGAGGAAGGACUUGAGGACUUGGAUUUAGGUUUUGGAUUAUUUGAAACGCAAGUUAUCAUAAUGUCUAAUUUUGACUCUCCCUUAUUUGCUGCUGUAGAGAGCAAUAACAUAUCUUUACUGAGCACCAUUAUGCAAAAUAAAAUCAUUGACAUGAAUGAGCUCAAUUCAUGUGGCAAAACAACACUACACAUCGCAGUUGAAAAAGGAUUUGUAGAAUUAACAAAAAAGCUCAUAGAAGUGAAUUCUAAUAUUAAUGCACUGACGCCUGAUGAGAAAACACCUCUUGUAAUAGCAGCUGAGGGUGGUAAUGUUGCAUUGGUUAAACUACUAUUGGAACAACCUAAUUUAGAUGUAAGUAGGCUUCAACAUGGUAAAACACCUUUACACAUAGCUUGUGAAAAAGGUCAUACCAACAUUGUAAAAGUUCUGUUGGCGGAUAAUCGCUGCUCACAUUAUAUUAACACAUAUUUCAAUGGGAAAGCCCCAAUACACAUUGCCUCUGAGUAUGGUCAAACGGAAAUCCUAUCCAAUUUACUGGAGAAGGAACUUGAUGUCAAUGCUGUUGAUGACGAUGGCUGCACAUCACUCUGGAUUGCAAUAGAAAAGAAUCAAGAGAAAUGUGCGCAAAUCUUGCUCAAAGAUGAGAGAGUUGAUGUUAAAACCCGCCAUUUUAGUCAAACACCUUUAGAGCGUGCUCUGAAGGAGAAGAAUACAAACAUAUCCAAGUUAAUCAUUGACAGAGUUGGUGAUAUUGAAAUUACUGAUGAAGGCGGAUUAAAUCCUUUACAUCGUGCUGUAGAUGAAGGAAUGCUAGAUGUUGUUGAUUACCUGAUUAAGAAAGGAGCAAAUAUCCAAAGUAAAACUAAGAAUGGUAACACGCCUUUGCACAUUGCUGCAAUGGAUGGGCAUACAGAAGUAGCUGAACUUCUUGUAGAAAAUGGUGCUGAUAUCCAUGCAAGAAGUGAAAAUUAUCACAAUUGCACACCACUUCAAUUCGCUGUAGUAUGCUCAAAACUGGAAGUUGCAAAGUUUCUAAUUUCUGUGGGCUCGGACAUAAAUGCUUAUUACCCUCAUGCUCAUUAUGCAAUGGAUAGAGGAGGAACUCUAUUACAUUGGGCAUCACGGAAUAUUGGCGAAGAAGAAUUAAUAAGAUUUUUAGUAGAGAAUGGAGCGGAUGUAAAUGCCACCGAAAAGGAUGGAAGAACACCCCUGUGUUUGCUGGUGAAGCAUAAUCUUUCUCGUUCUCUUGAUACAAUGAGGUACCUUAUAGAGAAGGGAGCUACUCUUAACAAUGCCCGAGGUGGCACCCCGCUCUAUUGGGCUAUUCGCGAGGAUUAUGGUGGAGUCGAUCCCAAGGCAGCCGAUUUUCUCAUAGAAAUGGGAACUGAUGUCAACAGCUGUAUUGACUACCAUGGAUAUGAGUGCGAUCAAAUGAGAACUGCUUUACACUUGGCCAGACAUUUAUCUACCGUGAAUCUCCUCAUAGAUAAAGGUGCGAAUGUCAAUGCAAUGGACAAGUCACGAAAUACACCUUUGCACUCAGCUUGGACCCCAUCCAUUGCAAAAUGCCUCAUACAACAUGGAGCAGAAGUUAAUGCCUCAAACGAAUCGGGGGAUACACCCCUACAUUUUGUACAGAAUUUCCACACAGCAAAAAUUCUCACCAAGGAAGGUGCAAAUGUCAAUGCAUCUAAUAACGAGGGUUGCACACCAUUACAUACUGCUCGAAACGCAGCCAUAGCAAAACUGCUCCUAGAAAAGGGAGCAGAAUUGAAGGCAGUCUCGAAGGAUGGAAAAUCUGUUCUGCACACUGCAGCUGAGGGUGAAUUUGAGGGUGUGCCAGGCGUGGUUGAGUUUUUUUUGCAAAACGGUAUUGAUGUUGAUACCGUCGAUAACUACGGCAAUACUCCUUUGCACCUUUGUGGAAUAUCCUCCAAUAUUCCAGCUGCAACCGUAUUAUUGAAUAAUGGAGCUAAAAUCAAUGUACGUAACAAAUCAAACAAGAGACCCAUAGAGAUCGAUCGAUAUCCUGACUCAGUAAAUUAUCUUCUUAGCAGGAAGCUGAGUGCAGUGGAUCAAAUUUUUACCGCAGUUAUUGAUAAUGAGGGCAUCGAAAAAGUGAAAGGCUUACUUCAAACAGUUGAAGCUGUCAACCUGAAACAAGAAGAUAGUCAACUUACUCUUCUACAUCAUGCUGUGAAGCAAAAUAAUAAAACAAUUCUACGAUUUCUUUUACAAGAAAAAAUUACCCCAAGAAGCACUAACCGAAUUUUCCCUCGACUGUUCAAAAGAGGAGCUCCAAGGAGUGGUGAACCUCACAUCUCUCGUAUUUUGGAAAAAAUUAAUGUAAAUCCUCCCUGCAAGAAUAACUGGACUCCUUUGCAUUAUGCUGCUAAAGGAGAUGACCCAGAGAGCGUAACUCUACUCCUUCAGUGCGGGGCAGCAUAUGAAGCUAAGACAAAAGAGGGUAAGACACCCUUGGAUCUAGCAGAGUGUAACUCCAUCAGAGAAAUUUUGACAAUGGCAGAUGAACUUUUUGAAGCUGUGAAAAAAGGGAAACAAGAUCUCGUCAGUGAACUCGUAAAAAAGAAUAAUGGUAUUGUAAAUGCUGUCGACAGUAAUGGUUGCAGUCCUUUAUACUUUGCAGUAAGUAAUGCCCUCAAAGACAUAACAUCAUUACUUUUAGAAAAUGGUGCAAAUGUGGCUCAAGUGACCAAUUCAGGUAGCACACUACUUCAUAUAGCUGCUGCGAAGGGUGAUGCGGAAUUAACAGAUACUAUCUUCAAACAUGCUGAGAAGAAUGGCAGAGCAAAUGUUUUUGUUAAUGCCAAGGGAGAAAAUGGAACCACAGCUCUUCAUAUUGCUGCUCAGAAUGGAUCAGUAGAGAUGACAAAAGCUCUACUGAAACAUGGAGCCAUGUAUAACGCCAGAAACAAAGAAAAUAAAAAACCCUCCGAUCUCUCAAGGAAGGAGGAUGUCACCAGCAUUCUAAACUUGGUAGAAGAAUCAUUCAAAGCUGGGGAAGAAAAUACCGUGGAGCUGUUGAGCAGAUUACGGGAAAUGGAAUUUGAUGAAUUUUUCGCUGUGACAAAUGCUCAGGAUUAUUACGGACAAACCCUACUGGAUUAUAUUCGUAAUAAUGGGCACCCAUUUGCAGGCAGUGAAUUUUCAGAAAUUAAGAAGUCCAAGGAUAGAGAACUUUUGUUGCAGACGAACCCAUGUUAUUAUUCUCAACCCCCUGUUUAUUCACAAGAAGAACUUGAUGAUAUAGAUUUAGGUUUUGGGUUAUUUGAUGGUUGAUUUUAGGAUAGACUCACGAUUUCCUCUGAAAAUUUCAGUUUUUUAAUGUAUUUCUUUGAUAGAAUUUACAUGUCAUGAUCAUCAGGGUAUUUUCAUUGAAAGCAGAAUUCCAUAUUCCGCAAACGUUUUGCAAUUUUUUGUAUGACAUUUUAAAUGAAAAGCAUUUUUUUGGAGCAUUAAGUGCACUUUACGUGUGAGCAAUAAACUUCCACCUAAUACAUGUACUAAACAUGGUAAUUCAAGUACUAAACAUACGGUAAUUUGCCAGGACAACAUACCUCUUUUAAGUCGAUCAACUGACAGAUUGCAGAUACUCGUAGAAAAGAAAUGAUUAUUCAUCUUCUCAUCCUAGCAACAGUUCAAGAAGCCAUCUG